AUGGGUGCCAGUCCUCAGAUUCGUAGGAAAUCCGAUACAACGCCCGAAGCGCGGAAGAUCAAGGUCUCACUUGACUCUCAAUUUGAAAAGGGCAUCCUGGGCUAUCAGGCUGUGGAAACAAAUCAACACAAUCCUAUUGGAAAAUGUUUACACACGAGCUAGUUUUGCAAAGAUCCCCUAGAAAACCUGUUUCAGAAAGCUCUUCUGAGAAAAAUUUUGGUUAUGAAAACAUAUCCCCAAGUCUCCUCUUUCGAAUGGUGAAAAUUGGAGCUCUUUAGCUUUUUAGCUUUUUCCUAUCGAAAGUUAUUCAAAAAGAGUCAUAUACCGUUCUCUUUUUGAAUGGACAAUAGUAGAGAGUAAAAUUUUAAUCUCCACUGGUGAAAUUUUAAACUCCAUUGAAUUUUAAUUUCAACUGUAACAUAUCCAUGAGUUCGUCGUUGACGGUUAUAUUCGUCACAAUAUUUGUGGCUUACAUUGAAAAUGAACAUAUUAUCAAGUUACUCAAUGGCAAUAAUUCUGCAAUAUUAGCAUGGCGUCGAUAUGUGGAUGAUGCUAAUAAAAACCUAAUCCAAAACACCUUUAACAAUUUAUAUCCACAUUUAAAUUUUACAUUUGAAAAAGAGAACGAUUUUACAAUAUUAUUCCUAAAUGUACUAGUUAACUGAACAUAUCAUCAGUUUAUUACUAAUGUUUACAGAAUGAAAACAUCAAUGAAUCCGAUGAUAAAAUGAGAUAGCUGUGUUUCAAAAUUGUUUAAAAAGGCGGCUGUAAGUUCACUUAUCUAGUCACUAGAAUUUGCUUCAGUUUUGAAUUAUUACACAAUGAAUUUAAACAUAUACAACAAGUAACAUUACAAACAGGCUAUCCAUCAAGAUUUGUUAAAAGAUAAUUAAUUAAUAAGAAUAAAUAAAAUGUAUAGACAAACGAACAUGAUCAUAACAAAGAUACAAAAGUCAAUCAACACAUUCAGUUCAUAGAAAUUCCAUUCAUUGGUAAGCCGAUUUAUGAUCUCGACAAGCAACUGAAACAAAUUGUUACAAAGAACGAUCCUAAACCUGAAUUAAUAGUUAUCACCCGAUAGCACCUUCCCAACAUCAGGUACUGCUUCUUCACUCUUGAAAUUUCCAGAUUCCAAAUCUCUUUAGAAGUUUUCAUUGACAAGAUAUGCUCGAUAUAUCAAUUUAAUCGAGAACUCUUAACGGUUUAUUCAAUUUAAAUCAAUUGAAAAUUUAUACUCUUCAUAGUCAAUUGGACAUAACAAAUUUUGGAUCGAGGUAUUGAUGAAGAAAGUUCUCGAUGUCAUUUGACUUUUGGACUCCACCAAGAAUUUAUCAAAAACUUAUUGAGUUAAACCAUGAGAAAAUUUAUUUUUAGGAGUACCUGGAUUCGUACAGAUCAUCGACUAUAAAGAAUCUGAAUUUGCAGCCUAUUCCCACUGGAUAAACUUAUGAAAGUUCUCGAUCUGGAUGACAUAAAAUUAAAAAUUUCAAAUUUAUUAUAAAAUUUGAUCAUGACAUUAAAUAAACAAUCUAUACUCUUGCCAUUUUGAAAAGGCAGCUAAAAUACCAAAAACAAACGGUAAAAAUUUAUUUUUUUAAGCUACAGAACAAUAUUUGUUUUGAGCGUCAUUUAACAAUAAGGCGAAACAAAAUAUUGGAAAAAAUUUAAUUUUUUUUUCCCUUCUUCAAGUCUACACGCCCACAUUAUAAAAUCUCAAUUUUGCUAUGUACAAUUGACUAUUGAGUAUAAAUUUUCAGUUGACUUGAAUUGAAUAAACCUUUAAGAAUUCUCGAUUAAAUUGAUAUAUCGAGCAGAUCUUGUCAAUGAAAACUUCUAAAGAGAUUUGUUAGAAAGAAUGUAAGACUUCUAAACAGUUUAUUUUGAAUUGAGUAUUGCUCAUUUUCUGUACAUAUCAUUUGAACUAUUUGUAAAAUACACUAGCAUCUACUAAUACUUUCAAAUGAAAAUCUGAUAUAAUCAAUGUAUGGAAUUCGUCGAUGGUAGUAUAAUCAAUUCAAUUUUACAAAUAGUUCAAAAUUAUCGUCAACCGACGUUUGAGUGCCCGACAUUUGAGCGCCCCCGACAUUUGAGCGCUCGCCAUGUGAGCGCCCGCGGCUGUUGAGGGCCGCGGGCGGGGCCGGGGGGGCGGGGGGUCGGGGGGGGGGGGGG